UAAAUUCUUGAUAAAAAUUUUUCCAAACAAUCCCUUCUCCACGAGAUCCUGCACGAAGUCUGAAGUCGGAAAUAUCAUGUCGCCGUCAAAGAUUCUUGGCACACGUCAACUCCUUGGCACGAUGGCCAAUACCAUGAUGACUGGACCCUGCCUCCGAUACUGCCAACUAUCGGCCACACACCGGCUAGUCCAUGCCUCACGGGCUUUCGCCGCCACCCGGGAUGGCAUCGAGAAGUUGGAAGUGCCAGCGACCACGCCCAUGUCUUUUGGGCGUGCUCAGUGUUUGCCCUUAAAACGAAGCGAACAGGAGCAUCGAAGGUUGGGAAACGCGCAAAAUACGGAGAAUGUAAAAAGGUUGCAGACCGAGAAGUGUCAGCACCCAAAGAUUGCCCGUCUACCAUUCAAACGGCCAACUAAAACGGCCCGUUCUUUUCCGGAUCGCCGUUAUAACUCUGUGCAGGACUUACUGAAGACCAUGAGUCAACCGCAUCAGUUGGCCAGCAAGUUGGUGAGCUUGUCCCAGGAAUUAUCAUCCGAAAAGGAAAAGAAUAAAAGGCUUCUGGAGAACUAUCACGAUCUGCUGGAGAAAGUAACGCUGGAGGAUAGAUAAAACAAAAUGAAAAAAAAAAGAUUUUGCCAUGGAAAUUUUACAUUUUGGCUUACAGCAGGAUAUUGCUUAAAUUUAUUCUAAAUUUUUUACUUAUGUCACGUUUUUGACAAUAUACUGACUGGUAAUGUGA